GCUCUCGUACGGGACAAUUUUCGGUGUAUGGUCACCGGCAAAGUCGAUUUCAAAGCUUACAUGAAGGGGCUCGCCCUCCCGGUAUCUGGAGAACAUGUUACGACGACUCGAUGUUGCCACAUCUUCCCGGAUUCUCUCGGACACAUCACCGAGCUUCUCAAGGAGUCUGAAGCCGCGUCUGUGUGGGCGAUAUUGACGCGGCUCGGGUACGAGGAUAUACGCGCGGAGCUCCGGUCGGCUCUCGAAGAGGCCAACCUGUAUCGGCUGAGCAAUAUUCUAAUGCUCGCCAGUUUUAUCCACGACCUCUUUGAUGGAUUGAGCCUCUGGUUUGAGGCUGUGAAUGACAAGCCGAACUUCUACAACAUUGCCCUCGCUCCUGGUGUGGACAGACAGCUGAUGUCUGUCCCGAACAGUGUGCAGUUCGUGUCUCGUCACCCGGACCUGCCUCUCCCCAACACACGGUACCUCCACAUUAACUCGACCUGCUGUCGCGUCGCGCACCUGUCUGGGGCCGUGGACUACAUUGGCCGCAUCGCGAGCGAAGCCGAGGAAGCGGAAGUCUUGGCUAAGGAUGGCGCGUCUGCGGAUGUGCUCGCCUUCGCGCUGAAUCGUCACCUGGCGAGGGCGGUCUAG